GUAGUUCCAACAGACUUGUGCCGAGAGUUGAAACACCAGGACUAGUUCCAACAGACUUGUGCCGAGAGUUGAACCAUACAACUUUGCGAAUAGUUUUAAAAGGAAUACCAACAGGAUUUUCUCUGAUUUUCUCGUAAGACGAAAGUUUUGGGAUGCAGCGUUAAGAUGGGACACUUAUUUCCGCCUUUUGUUUUUCUUGUUUCUGUUGUUGGGCUGACGCUAGCGGCCUACCAAGGAUGUUACCUGGAGUCGGUCCGCCGCCGCCAUUUUUCUGUCAGCCCAGGUGACUACAGCCCGGAAGUGACGACAACACUGUCAUGCAUGGCCAACUGUGGGACCUUCAAGUACAUGUACGCGGCCGUCACUUCAGGCAAGUUCUGCUACUGUGCCAGCACCCUGCCUGCCGCCGCCCCCGUCAACGACACGUACUGCGACAUGCCGUGUAUCGGGGACAAGAACCAGCGGUGUGGUGGCGUCAAACACGUCAGCGUCUACACGGCCAGCAAGAAAAUCUCGGGACUCACCAUCAGCACCAGUGUGGAGAACACCAUCAUCAAGGUAGCUGACCCAGUGACCAUUAAUGUAAGCAUCGCCAGUGGUAACGAGGUCGUCUACAGAAUGGAUUACGACGACGGGGCUGGGCAGGCCACGCCCAACGCCACCAACAUGCUGUCUAUGGCGUACUACGUGCCGGGGGAGUACUCCAUCAUGGUGUACGCCAACAACAUCAACCGCACCUUCAAGGACGAGGUGGCCGUGACGACCGUCAGGGUGGACGCCCCACCCGGGGAGACGACGGUCAGCUGUGACCCCGUGUUCGCCACGUAUGAGCUGGGCGCCUGCACGCUGACCGUCUGGUGGGGCUCAAGCCUACAGCUCAACGUCACCAUCAACACGUUCUCCUACUUCUUUGGUAUCGAAGACCCACCCCUCUCCCUAGCAGGAGCCAGUGUACCAGCCAAGGGAGCGAACCCCGGCAACUCCAACCAACAGGUGUACGUCAUGCCGGCAGCAGAGUUCACGGUCUCUGGGAAGGUCAUCGGCUGGCAGAUGUACCUGGACACUCUGGGCACCGGCAAGCUGACUGUCUUGAUCCUGAAGCCCACCUGCAGCAGUGGCACCUACUGCUACAGCCGAAACACCUGCUCCAGCAGCUGUGAGUCAUCCACGGCCAAGGUCGUCUCGUGCGCCACGGGUCAGCAGUUCUGUGGUCAAGCGUCCAAGUGCUACUCGUCGUGUGCUCAGACGGUCUCGCGAUAUGCCAGCUUGCCUAUGUCAUACCAGGUGGAGCCCGGCUAUAUCAUGGGCCUACAGCAGGACUCUGGUGCCAGUGUUCUGGCCAGGAUCUCCAGCACCGCGGACACAUCUGACCGGAUGUUCACCUACAGCAGCACCACCGUCAGCCAGUCGUUCGUCUCGUCUGGCGGAACUGUCAUCACCGCACGACACGCCAUCACGGCCGUCGCUUCAGCUGGGUCAAAGGUUUACUUACCGUUCCGGUUCCAGACUUCUGGCAACUUCACCUUGUCAGCUGUGGUCAGUAGCAGGACGCUGACCAACGUGGCCACGUCAUCGGCCUCGACCUCUGUCCUCGUGCUGGACGGGGUCAAUGCCAGCAUCAUCCAGGCACCGGUGUACACCGCCACUAGGAAGGUGGUCGUCUUCCUGCUGGACCCCCACACAGGAAGUGACCUCUACUACAACUGGACCAUCAGCGACGGCACCAAGUUCCUGCAGACCAGGAACAGCAGCCUCAGCUACACCUUCAACUCCAGCGGCAUCUACGACGUCAACGUCACCAUCUACAACAGCAUCAGCCAGAAGAGCAACGGCACAACAGUCUACGCCCUGGACGAAGUCACGGGGGUUUUUAUGUACAGCAACACUACAGUCCGCGGCCUGAUGACACCUGUCCUGGUGAACGUGGUGUCUGGCACCAACUACACCUGCACCUACGACUACGGCGACAACACCGGCAGACAGAACAGCGGCCUCCUCUCUGGUCCCAUGGCCAACGCCACCAAAAGCUACACAUACGCCACACCUGGCGUCUACAGCAUCAACAUCACGUGCUCCAACCAGGUGAGCCGAGGGACGCACGUGCUGCAGGUGAAGGUCCAGGACCUGAUCAGCAACCUCCAGCUGCUCACCCUCGGCGCCAACACCAACCAGAACUUCUUCAUCAUCUGGCAGGUCGACGCUGGCACGGCCUUGAACUUUGCACUCACCCUCAACGGAAUUGCACUGACCAAUUUCUCCCAAGUCUCGGCCUACAAGUGGCAGACGAGCCUACAGCCGGGGCGCGGGAACAUGGUCCUACCGCUGGUUCUCAGGGCAUGGAAUGACGUCAGCACCCAGCAGAUCUCCACAAACUUCACCAUCCUGACGGCUAUCGCCAACCCGACCUUUACAACCAAUGUCGCUAACGCCAGCAGUUACGACGACGUCUACUUCGUGGCCAACAUAUCCGCCGGAUCUGACGUCACAGUGACGGUCGACUAUGGCGACGGCUAUAACGACACGUACACCCAACCUCUCAACACCAACUGGCCAGGUGCACAGACCUUCGUACACAAGUACUUCAAUGGUGGCAGGUUUACGGUCAGGGCGACCUUUAGGAAUGCGGGGGGCAGCCAAACGAGGUCCGUGGAGAUGUUGGUGCUGGUGGGGGUGGGGAUGAUUAACUGCAACCUGGACGAGUACGCCCUCUACCACCCGCCCGCCCUCGUCAACCUGAUGUUCACAGCCCCUGCCCUGCCCACAGAACCCACGCUCACAAUCAACUGGGGGGAGCUGACAAGCAGGGACACACAGCCCGCACUAGAGAUGAACAAGAACUACAGCUACCAGUACCGUGACACGGGCACGUACAAAGUGAUGGCCAGACUACAGAACAUCAUGGGGACCAAGACUUGCCUCAAGCCCGUGACUGUCGUGGAGAAACUGGCCGGCCCGUUCUUCCUGCCGCAGUUCCCUGCCGCUGCCCUGGACCUGCCCUACGAGGUCGUCUUCUGCCUGUUCCGGGGACCUACUGGUGACCUCUGCAACAUGACCUUUGACUUUGGCGACGGCAAAGGCCCACUGGUGAUACAGCGUACAGGUAACGGGAAAAACCAGUGUGACGCCAGGAAUGUGACGUACAACAGCAAAGGGUCAAGGACCAUCAAGGUCACGGCCACGUCACCCCUGGAGACCGUCAGCUUGAGCUACACUGUUGACGUCAUCAGGGGCAUCAAGGACCCGUAUGUGUCCGUCACGACCAGCGGUGACGUCAUUUUUGGCAAUCCGACGACCUUCACCCUCACGUACUCCGACCCCACGCUGCCCGACAACGCCAACUUCACCCUGGACUUCGGAGACAACUCAACUACCGACGCUGGCCCGUACUUUCUGACGUCAUCGACGCUCACCGUCCGCCACACGUAUGUCAAGGACGGGCUGCUGACCGCCACGGCCGUGCUGUCCAACGCCGCAUCACGUGCUGUCAGACAACUGAUGGUGGGCGUGUACCGAGAGUUCCAGAACCUAAAGGCCCAGGCCUACUACCUGGCUGAGAUCCCGCCCAACGAGACGGUGUUUGGCUUCAACAACGGCUCCAGGCUCUACCCCCAGAACGUGCCGACAUACUUCAUCGUCACUGACGACAACAACGCCUAUGCCAGCCACUACAAUGUGACAAUAACAGACUCCACAUCCAAGUCUACCAACUACCAGAAGUUCUCCAGAGUCUUUGAUAUCAGCUUCCCAAAGAUGGACACAUUUCGAGUGAGCAUCACGGCCUACAACCCCAUGUUCUCAGCCUCCAUCACUCCCAUGACCCUCAUACUAGUUGAACUCAUCGAGAACUUCACAGUGGUCGAAUACAACCUCAAGGCCCGAGCCAACGAGUACAAAUAUUUCAACGUCAGCUUUAACAAGAUCGGAUCAGGGACGUGUCUCUAUGUCGACUACAACGAUGGUGUCAAGGAGAUCUACGCCAACGAUCUUACACUCUGUACCGAUAGCAGCUUUUCAUCCGUGGCUGAGGCGGACAAGCACGCCAUGACCGAUCUCCUCAAACCACGGUCCGGGGUUUUGAACCACACCUACGGGUCGGACGGUGAGUACGUCUUCACCGCCACCGCCAAGAACAGCCAAUCGGAAGUCAAGCUGACCAUCACGUUCAGCAUCAGCGGCUUUGACUGCGCUCGACCGACAGUCAACAUCCACAACAGGAGACCUUACUUCACGGCCCCAGAGGUGUACAAGAGGAGCCAGAAGUUGACGGUCAGAGGUCUGACCAACAUCCAGUGUGUGGCCAGCUUGGCCAAUGUCAAGUCAUGGAGGGUGGAGAGAAUAGAUGAGCGCUGGAGCACGGUCAUCGAGAAUAUUUCACUGGCCAACCUUGACACUACCAAGGCCGAGGUGACCUUCCCACCUCGUUUCUUUGACCUUGGCCUUUACAGGGUCUACUACACCAUGGAGAUGACGGGCGCGGGGGCGCCUGGUGGAAGCGCUUACUCAUCUACAACAUUCACACACAUCAAGAUCACCAAAACGGACCUGAUUGGUAUCAUGGUGGCCGGGGGUGUGAGCGAGAUUCAGAGAGGGACGGCCCAAAGGCUGGAUCUGAACCCCACAGACUACUCCCUGGAUCCUGACGUCAGCCCGAAUGUCACUCAGGGUCUGACGGUGACAGGCUGGGUCUGUGAGAACCUGGACUCCCCCACGGACACCACCUCCUACCUGGCCGGCGGCUUCAACAUGACGGGCCAGACCCAGAGUCUCGACAUCAGCAAGUUUCAGCUUAGUCGUUACAGAAUAACUGUGUACCUGGCCAAGGACACCAGAAAGACCAGCGCCAUCUUGUAUCUCAAGGUCGUGGAGGGAGACCCGCCCACUGCUACCAUCAGCCCCGCCACGGGCAGUGUGUACUACCAGAUAGCAGACGGCUACAAGGUGCUUCAGUCCUCCCGCGUGGCGCUGGACUGCUCGUGCGACAACUGCGGCCAGUCAGAGAGCUACAGAUGGACGGUGUACAUGGCCGACUACCGCUGGCCCAGUGGCUGGCGGCCUCUGCUGGACGAUGACCUCUAUGGCCGGGUCUCAGGUGGCAACUCUAAGCAGAUCUCCAUCGAGUCCAGCCUCUUCGAGACGUUCAAAGCGGAGCGCAUGCGCGCUGAGUGCAACAUCACUUCCGGCUCAACAUCCGGCAAGGUAGCCACAAACCUGCAGAUCAACAAGCCCCCCAUCCCUGGGAGCUGUACCGUGAGCCCCUACAACAGGACCAUCACCACAGAGCAGGCGUGGACCAUUAACGUCACUGGCUGGUAUGAUGACGACGGCAUACAGGAGUACCAGUUCUUCGUUCACACAGACAACAGCACCGUGGACAAACAAAUCACGUCAUACAAGACAGACAAAGGCUCCCUGGUCCUGUCCGUCAGGAUCCCCGAGGGUCCGGACUACCUCAACUACACCCAGUCGGUCAUUGUGAAGGUCAGGGACAAUCUGGCGGCCACCAAGGACUUUAACUGUGGGAACAUCGUGGUGACGCCCAUGCCACAGAGCGACAUCCGCGCCCUAGCCCAGGAGAUAGCGAGCACCCAGCUGGGGGAGAUCAACAAGAUGUUCGCCGAGGGCGACCAGAAGACCUGCACGGAGAGGGCGACUAGCAUCAUGUCCCUGCUCAACAGCGACAAAAACGCCAACUCCCCCGUCAACUUCGCCAACACAAUGUAUGGCGAGUCAGACAGCAACAGGGUCUACUACCAGCAGGCGAACGAGUCCCUACAAGAACAGAAAGAAUUCGUCUAUCAGGUGGAAUCUGAGAGAAACGAUAGGGCAGCCGUCCGCGGGAUGAUCAUAAAUCAGAUGGCCAAUCUGGCGGUCAAGGACAUCGUGUCCGUCAUGGAGAUGUCCAGCACAUACGCUGAGGCUACCAAGUACGGGGACGAGAUAGACCAGGCCAGUCAGAAAAACGUGAUGGACAGCCUGCAGAGCAUGAGCGACUUCAUCAACGACCCGGACAGUAUCGAUAACGUUCCGUCCGAGGAGAUCGAGUCUGCCAUGAGAUACAUCGUGGCGACUACAGCCUGCAUCAUGGACGCUGCCGGAAGUAACGGACAGUUCGGCCUACAGAGUGAACUGGCUAAAGCCAAGGAAGAUCCCACCUGGAAGGAUUACGACACGUCCAUAUCUGCACUAGAGGAUGAGGAUGCUCCUGACUUAAGCUCAGCAACAAGCUUUGAUGAAGCUCUCCAGAUGCAGUCAGCCAGGGUCCACAAAAUUCGACAAGCAAAGACGGUAGGGUCACACAUCAGUCAUGUGACAUCAAUCAUGUGA